AUGGAAGUUCAGGAGCCAAAAGGGUUUUCACCCAAAAGGCAAAACAAAACCAAUGUGGGAAUUAGCAGAAACAAGUUUGUUGGUGUAAGACAGAGGCCUUCAGGGAAAUGGGUAGCAGAGAUCAAAGACACGACACAGAAGAUAAGAAUGUGGUUAGGAACCUUUGAAACAGCAGAGGAAGCUGCCCGAGCUUACGAUGAAGCUGCUUGCCUUCUUCGUGGUUCGAACACGCGAACCAACUUCACCAACACCAACCAUGUUUCUUCCAAUUCCACUCUCUCCUUGAAGAUUAGGAACCUUCUUAAUCACAAGAAGAGUUUGAAAGUACAAAACUCUUCCUCCACCACCACAGCCAAGGCCAACACUACUGUAAUUAGUACCAAAAGUAGUACAAGUAGUAAUAAUAGUAACAUUGGCAGUUCUGUAUCUAAUAAUGCCAUUUAUAGUAGUCCUGCAGCAAAUGGCAUUAAACAAGAAACCCAGAUCAGUCUUGAUGAUGCAUACAGGCCAGAUCUGAGUCACUGCAUUGGAGAGGUUGAAGCUGGAACAUCUCAAUUCAAUCAGUUAUGUCCAUUCCCAAGUGGGUUUGAUCAGCUUCCACUUGUCCAGGAAGGCAUGGAGUUACAUAGACCUGUUGGUUUCUCAUCAGGCACAAGUAAUCUAGAGCUCACAGAGUUUGAACGCCUGAAGGUUGAAAGACAGAUUUCGGCUUCGUUUUAUGCAAUGAAUGGAGUGAAUGAAUUUCUGGAGAAUAUUGCAUAUGAUCCUAGUGACUCUUUCUGGGAUCUUUCAGCAUUCCAGCUCUUCUGCCCAACUUGAUGGUUGAAGCUCAAUUCAUGUAGGAACUACU